UUUUAAUGAUAGUAGUUCAGUUGAACGAACUUAUGGAUGCUGCUCUGAGUUUUCAAGUAGUGUGGCAACCCUGCCCUGCAAAAACAAGACAAAUUUUAUUUUCACAGCGUUUUUUUCGUAUAAAUUAAAUUAAAACAUGGAUUUUCAAAAUCGCGCCGGUGGCAAAACCGGUAGCGGUGGUGUCGCCUCCUGGUCGGAGACGAAUCGCGAGCGUCGCGAACGGUUGCGGCAGUUGGCGCUUGAAACAAUUGAUUUGAAUAAGGAUCCAUAUUUUAUGAAAAACCAUCUUGGCUCCUACGAAUGUAAGCUAUGUCUAACGCUUCACAACAACGAGGGCAGUUACCUGGCGCACACGCAAGGCAAAAAACAUCAGGAGAACUUGGCACGACGUGCCGCCAAGGAGGCCAAAGAAGCACCUUCCUCGCUGCUUGCGCCGGAAAAACCACGCGUGGAACCCAAAAAGUUUGUGAAAAUCGGUCGGCCCGGUUAUCGUGUUACCAAACAACGUGAGCCCUCAAAUGGACAGCAGUCGCUGCUCUUUCAGAUCGAUUAUCCGGAGAUUAGUGAAGGUAUAGUGCCGCGUCAUCGUUUCAUGUCCGCCUACGAGCAAAAGAUUGAGCCACCAGACCGCAAGUGGCAGUACCUGCUCUUUGCGGCUGAGCCCUAUGAAACAAUUGGCUUCAAAGUGCCCUCACGUGAAGUGGAGAAAACCGAAGGCAGGUUUUGGACGCAUUGGAAUCGAGAUACCAAGCAGUUUUUCCUGCAGUUUGCAUUCAAGUUCGAGCCAAAGAUACUGCCACCACCGCCGCCGAAUAUUCAUAGAACACUGGGACCACCGGCUGGCUUCCCCAUGCCAGGACCACCUCGUCCCGCUAUGCAUCCCAUGUUCAAUGGCGUGCCACCGCCGCCACCCAUGUAAACCAGACUUUGUAAACGUAAUUAAAUAUAACAGCAAAAUAAAUAAACUACAAUGU